UACAUUUUUUGUUUGAUUAAAAGCGAAAAUAUAUAAAAUAGUAUUUCGAAUGAUCUUUUAGGGUUUCGUUUCUCUCAUCUCUUCAAUGUCUUCUUCAGGGGGCUGGUUCCUACCGACUGUACCUCACCGGCACGCAUCUGUUCUGCAUCGCUUCGCCUUCGUUUCUUCUCUCUGUAACCGGCAUCAAAUCAGCUGCCACGUACUUUCCAGAAACUCAUCUCUCGACUUUCUCCUGCACGAAGCGUGAACUUUGGCUUGAUUCGAGAAACUCGCGCUUGGUUUGAUCGUCUGCAGAAGAAUUUUCUCUCCCAACAGCUAACCAGAACAAUAAAAUUCUAGGAGUUAAAAUUCUGACACAUAUAGGGGAUAUCGCUGAUCAUGGCUGAUUUGGAAAAUUUGCUUCUGGAGGCAGCAGGAAGAACCAAUGCUGGAGGCAGAAACCGGAACUCUCAUCCAUCAUCUCGAAGGCAACGUGAGGGUUCAUAUUCUGAUGGUGGAAGCGAUUCGAGGGAUGAUUCUGAUGAUGAUCGUGCUUAUGCAAACAGGAAACCUUCUGGAUCUCAAGUUCCUUUAAAGAAGAGGUUGGACCCCCCAGAGAGAGAGGAUGAUCAUGGAAGCCAGGAAGAAGGUGGUUAUGAUCAUGGUGGUUCUGGUCAUGAGGAUGAGAGCAGCGAUGAAUCUGAUUUUGGUGAUGAUCUUUAUAAGAAUGAAGAAGACCGGCAAAAGCUUGCCGGGAUGACUGAAUUUCAAAGAGAGAUGAUAUUGGCAGAACGUGCUGAUAAGAAGGGUGAUAAGAAUUUUACGGAGAAAUUUAGGUCAAAGAGAGAAAAUGAGAGGAGCACACGCUCCACAAAAGACACUCCUCCUCUAUCAUCCUCUCGGGGUGUGAGGUCAUCUGCUAGAUCUGCAGACAGGGCAGCUGCCAAGGAUGAUGCGCUGAAUGAGCUGAGAGCAAAACGGUUGAAGCAGCAGGACCCAGAAGCCCACCGUAAAUUGAGGGAUGCAUCUAGGGGAAGUUCAGGCAAUAGGGGCUCGUCACCUGUCAAGCGGAAACCCUUCACUUCAACAAGCUUGAGUAGCUCCAGUCAAAGUGAAAGUGAAAGUAGGUCUCGCAGUGAAGAUGAAGGGUCAACUGGGGAUGGUGGAAUGAUAGACAGCGAUGAUGACAGAAUGAUGCCUGGGUCAGAGGGACCAAAAUUUGAGGAUAUUAAGGAAAUUACAAUCAGGAGGUCAAAACUUGCAAAAUGGUUUAUGGAGCCUUUCUUCGAGGAGCUGAUUGUAGGAUGCUUUGUGAGGGUUGGCAUUGGGAGGUCAAGGAGUGGGCCCAUCUACAGGCUUUGCAUAGUGCGGAAUGUUGAUGCUACGGAUCCUGACAGGACAUACAAGCUAGAAAAUAAGACAACAUAUAAAUAUCUGAAUUGCAUUUGGGGCAAUGACAGCUCUGCUGCCAGGUGGCAGAUGGCCAUGGUUUCUGACUCUGCACCGCUAGAGGAGGAGUUUAAACAGUGGAUUAGGGAGGUUGAACGAAGUGGGGGGCGGAUGCUGAGCAAACAAGAUGUGUUGGACAAGAAAGAGGCCAUUAAAAAAAUCAACACAUUUGUCUACUCUGCUGCAACUGUGAAGCAGAUGUUGAAAGAGAAAAAAUCAGCCUCGAUAAGGCCAUUAAAUAUUGCAGCUGAGAAGGAUCGGCUUAGGAGGGAGUUGGAAGUUGCACAGAGCAAGCAUGACGAUGCAGAGGUGGAGAGAAUCAAGACAAGACUGCAGCAACUAGAGGCAUCGAGGCAGUCGCAGGGGAAGGAUGCCAAGGCUCUUAGGCUAGCUGAGAUGAACAGAAAGAACAGAGUGGAGAAUUUUAAAAAUGCAUCAGAACUUAAACCUGUUAAUACAAGUUUAAAAGCUGGGGAGGCUGGAUAUGAUCCAUUAUCAAGGAGGUGGACUCGAUCAAGAAACUAUUAUGCUGCAAAACCUGGUGGACAAGAGGGUAAUUUAGAAGCAAAUGUUGAUGCAAAUAGUGCAUUGGCAGGUUCAGAGAGUAAUGGAGCAGGAUCAGGACCAGGAGCCACAGUAGCAUCUGUUACUGGCAUUGCAGCUACGGCUGCAGCACUACAAGCUGCUGCUGGUGCUGGGAAGCUGGUUGACACAAGCGCUCCCGUGGAUCAAGGAACAGAAUCGAAUCUUCUGCAUGACUUUGAGCUUCCGAUAUCAUUGUCUAUGCUUCAAAAGUAUGGCGGACCCCAUGGAGCUCAUAAAGGAUUCAUGGCAAGGAAGCAAAUGAUAGAAGCAACAGUCGGAUGCUGUGUGCCAGAGAAUGAUGGGAGGAGGCAUGGUUUGACCUUGACAGUUAGUGACUACAAGAGAAGAAGAGGGCUUCUUUGAAAAUGUUGUAUUGUUGCCAAGUAGCUUCCUUUCAGAAAAGAAUAUUUGGGUUUCAUACUUGCCAGUUUACCGUUGAACGGUAUACACAAUCGGUGUCCAGGAAGCCUAUUGCUGUGGGGUUGUGAAAUAACAUGUCAUGAACAAUAGUGCCUGACAACUUACCUGUUUUUAAUUGUUCAUGUGUGUAUACAUGGUACAAAUAUGUAUAUUUGUUUUGGUUCUUGAAUUUGGGAUUUUAGUUAUUAAUGGUUUUUCUGUAAGUCUCUGAUAUCUCACUAUUUGCAGUUAUUGAGAUUUAGUGCGCAUAUACAUGUACUCAGAAACAGUGUUUCGUUGAAGUUGGGGUUAUCCAUGUUAAAGUAGAUAGCCCUUUUUUUGAA